CCACAGGUACCGCAGGCCGUGAGCGCACCCCACCCCUGCGCGCUAUGGGCUCGGACGUCUGGGUCGGCCCUUGGCGGCCCCACCGGCCCCGCGGCCCCAUCGCAGCGCUCUACAGAGGCCCGGGGCCCAAAUACAUGCUGCCACCGAACACCGGCUACGUCCUGCACGACCCGUCGCGGCCCCGCGCCCCGGCCUUCUCCUUCGGCGCGCGCCUGCCCACGCAGCAGACUUCCUGCGGCCCGGGGCCCGGCCACCUGGUUCCUGCACACAUAACCGUGCGCGGCCGCGACGGCACCCCCGCCUACUCCAUCCACGGCCGCCCCCGCCACGCGGCGCCCCUCCUCACUCCCGGACCGGGCAGGUACUUUCCCGAGCGAGCCGGGAACGCGACGUACCCCAGUGCGCCUCGGCACACCAUCGCUCCCCGAAACUGGGGCACCCACGCGAAGCAGCAGACACCAGGGCCUGCGACCUACACUGUGCCCUCGCUCCUGGGUCCGCGCGUCAUCGGUAAAGUCUCGGCCCCAACUUACUCCCUCUACGGCCGCAGCGCAGUGGGCAGUUUCUUCGAGGACCUCAGCAAGACCCCGGGCCCCUGCGCCUACCACGCGGUGAACACUGGGAUCUACAAGUCUCGGGCCCCCCAGUUCUCCAUGCUGGCGCGGACUUCGCUCCCCCAAGACAACACCCUGAAUCCCGGGCCCGCAGCCUACAACGUGGACCAGGUGGUCUGGAAGACCGGGCCCAGGCCCCGGAAACCCCGCGGCUGGAGCUUCGGGAUCCGGCACUCGGACUACGUGGCUCGGGUCCCGACCAAGGCGGACGACUGACCGGCCGGGAGGGCGCGGCCGGCCGGACGAUUGCUUAAAGCUUCCCGAACCA